AUGGCUGCGAUGACUUCAAAAUCGACUUUGUCGACGGAAUCGCCGCCCUUUAACCCCAAUCGCAUUCUGGCCCAUAACACACCCAGUCCUAGACGUUUCAAUAGUCGAAGCCGUUCUAGUUCUCCCUAUCGGAGUGCGUCAGCGGGAUCCUAUGUGAAAAAUGACCAUCCAAAUUCCAAUACAAUUCCAAAGUUCAAGUUUGAACACAAGGGCGAAACUCUGGAAAUACGUAAUGUUUGGGCGGAGAACUGUGAGGAGGAAAUGCGGAACAUUCGGGAGGUUGUCGAAAAGUACCCUUAUGUGGCUAUGGAUACCGAAUUUCCUGGUGUCGUUGCCAAGCCAGUAGCGGAAUCUUAUACUAGUGGUUAUCACUACAAGUCUCUCAAGGUGAAUGUUGACCUCCUGAAAAUCAUUCAACUCGGAUUGAGCUUUGCUGAUGAGGAUGGCAACUUGUGUAAAGAAUGCCCUUGUUGGCAAUUCAAUUUCAAGUUUGAUUUGGACAGCGACAUGUUUGCCCAAGAUUCGAUUGAUUUGUUGGUCCAUUCGGGCAUCAGCUUUACGGAUCAUGCCAUGCACGGAAUUGAUCCUCUGUUGUUUGGAGAGUUGUUGAUGGUUUCAGGUUUGGUUCUGGACGAUAGAGUAAAGUGGGUCUCCUUCCAUUCUGGUUAUGACUUUGCCUACCUGCUUAACGUCUUGACUACUCAAGCUUUGCCUGCUGAUGAGAAGUCUUUCUUUGAAUUGUUGAAAGUCUACUUUCCCAAGAUUUAUGACAUCAAGUACAUGACUUCGUUGUUAGAUGGCCACCACUUCUUGGGAGGUCUAUCCAAAUUGGCUGACGACCUAGGAUGCGAACGAUUGGGCGCUGAACAUCAAGCUGGAUCCGAUAGUUUGCUCACUAUGAGUGCUUUCUUUGCACUGGUCAAGGCCAAGUUCACAAAGAAUGGAAAGGUGGACGAUAAACGCUAUGCGAACGAACUCUUUGGCUAUGGCAACAACCAUACAGUCCGAAAGGGUGGUCCAAGUCGGGAAAUGAGCACUGGCAGCGCCCCGGGCGCCGACUGA